AUGAGCUUUGAAACCACAGCAAUUACUUUCAUCAUCAUCCUACUAAUUUGCUUCAUUUGCAUCCUCCUUUUACUGAUGCUGUUUUUAUAUAGAUGUUUCCAAAGCAAGGAAGAUGAGGAGAUAGGAAAAGGUCCUUGUGAAGAUUGUCUAACUGCUAAUGUGGAGACACACAAUCCAGGAGACCAACAAAAGACUCUUGUAAGGCAAAUCAUGCGGCCCGGCAUUCUUGUCCAGAGACGGAGCAAAGAAUUGGUGGCUACACUCUUAGAAAACAAAGAGGGCAAAGAGGGCAAAGUGGAGAAUGAAGUAAAAGAGAACCAAGAUGAUAAGAAUGUUAAAGAAAACGGGCAAGAGGAUGAUUCACAAAAAACACACAUACCUUUCAGUGGAACCCCUUCAGUUACUGAUCACAAAAGACCUUUAAAAGGAGUGACGUUUUCUAGGGAGGUAAUUGUUGUGGACCUUGGGAAGCAGUACCCUACACCUCAAAGCUAUAUUCAAGAACAUAAAGAGAGGAAAUGA